UUCUCGUGCGCGUUGGCCAAGGGGUGGGAAAAUUGCAUUCACACCAACCACACAGUUCCAUUCACGCACAACAAAAACAUUCCCGUGUGCAAAGCAACACAACACAGUUUUAAAAUCGAUGGCUACUGUGUGGUUACUGCGAAGGUUAAAAUAGUGUGGAAAGCAUAAAGUUAACAUUCCAACAACGGUCUGUGUGAUAAUUGUGCGGGGUUUUUGAAAAAGCGCUAGCCAAUGCGAACUGCAGCGGUGGCACGGUGGCAAACCAGAUGGAUGGGAACGUUCAAACAAGAACACGCACAUUAUCCAAACGGCACAAGCUCGACUGAUGUGAUAGCUUCUAAGCAUUUGAUAUCAUUAGUACCGGUAGCAAACGAUAACGUACAGCAAAGGGAACAAGAAUAAUUCGUACAGACAAAUCAUUAGAUUCCAGCGAGUGUACAGGAUUUGCACCUCGAAUUCUGUGCCAUAUAAGUUUUAAACGUCGAAAGUAAUCUAUUUAUCACAGUAGACGUGAGCAGCAAGCAACAUGGUCAACAUCAAGUAUGAACGGGUGAAGCAAACGACCGAUCAAGAAGGUGCUCCAGACGAAGAAAUUGAACUCGAAACGAACAGACGAGGGAGCGACCAUCGGCAACAGGAUGCAUUGCACAGCCACAGUCAGUAUCACCAAAGUAACAACGUACACUCCAGCUAUGGGCACCAUAGCCAGUACAUCGUCGCAACGGCACCCGGUGGCAAUAAGCCCUACGGCGAUGGUGAUACACGCACCAAAACGAAAAACGCAUUUACCAACCGGAUCGUCGUAACGCUCGUGCUGAUCGUUUGCUACUUUUCGCUUUCAAUUGGACUCACCUUUUACCAGCGGCAUCUGCUGCAGCACUUUAAGCUACCGCUGUUUGUGGUACUGUACCAUUUGGUGAUUAAGCUGCUGCUCUCGGCAGUUGUGCGUGCUGUGUUGCGCUGCGUAACGAGGAAACCGCGCAUCUUGCUGGACUGGCGAACGUCCGUGCGGAAAAUUUUGCCAACCGGUUUGGCAAGCGGGAUUGACAUAAGCUUUUCUAACUGGGGUCUCGAACUGGUGAAAAUAUCGCUCUACACAAUGACCAAAUCCACUACCAUUGUCUUCAUACUGAUAUUUGCCAUACUGUUGAAGCUCGAGAAGAAGAGCUGGUCGCUGGCGGCUAUCGUUGUCAUGAUCUCGGGUGGUCUCUUCAUGUUCACGUACAAAUCGACCCAGUUCGAUGCUCUCGGGUUUUCGUUCCUGUUGUUUGCAUCCCUCUCAAGCGGUAUCCGUUGGACGUUUGCGCAACUGAUCAUGCAAAAGUCGAAGCUGGGUCUGCACAACCCGAUCGACAUGAUAUUUCACAUGCAACCGUGGAUGAUACUGUCCGUUCUACCGUUUACGAUCGGCUUUGAAGGACGAAAACUAAUCGAAGGUUACCAUAUGGUUCAGCAGGUGCCAUCAAGUGUCGUGGUUGAUUUGUGGUUAAAAAUUUCCCUCGGUGCAUUCAUUGCAUUCGCCAUGGAGGUGAGCGAAUUCAUGGUCCUCACCAACACCUCUAGUCUUACAUUGUCCGUAGCGGGCAUAUUUAAGGAAAUUUGUCAACUGGUACUAGCUGUAGAGUUGAACGACGAGCAUCUCAGCACGGUUAACGUGCUCGGUUUGGUCAUGUGUCUUGGCGGCAUCUGUUGCCAUGUGGUCCACAAAUUCUUAACGUAUCGCGACGAAACGGCAAAAUCAUCACUAACUUCGCUAGACAAGUCGGUCGGUGGUUACAUCGAGGAUCACGACGAUGAGGACGACGAAAUGCGGCCGUCCGGUCCGUUGGGAAUGGGGAGCAGUAAAAAUGGCGUACUAAAGUUUGGCAACGGUGGUGCCGGAGCUGAUACGGGUGGUACUGGGGCACGAUUCAAGAGUGGCCAGUACAGACCGUUGCUUGUCAACGAAGCGCGCGAUGCAGACGAUUCGGACCAUCUGGUGGUGGAGAACCGGAACUAUCUGUCGGACGAUAGUGAGCAGGAAGAGAGCGGUACGCAGGACGUACUGUUUGAUAUACUUAAACGCCGUGAGCGAUAGUCAUUCCAGCGGGAAAUUUCUGUUCCCUUACGUAAAAUAGGCCACAGGAAAUUGUUGAGAGGUAUUUCGUUUUGUUUUUGAUUUGUCGUUAUACAUUGUACAUUGCCUGCCCAAAAAGGAAUUGUGCUGCUUGUGCUGGACCGAUCCGAGACCAGCAGUGUUCCAGGGUUGACAAGAAUCGCCGUUCCUAGCAGAUAUUAUUCCAGUCAUUUGCAUUGCAUAAUGUACAUAUACUUAAUAUCGUUUUGAAGUAUAUUUUUUCUAUGCCAUAUAUGUGUAGAAAGCAAAUUUUAAACACCUUUUUAUUACCAUUAACGCUUGAGGGGACAGCAUUUAACGGUUAAAAUAUAUGUGAUGUUUGUUUUUUAAUUAGACAAAAUUAACCUAGUAAAAGCAUUAAUGUAAGAUUUUGAAUUAGAGCAAAGAUUUUUGUUGACACGACUGAAGCUUAUUUCUGCAACUUGCUGUAAUGUUGCGUACUACUUAUAUUAUCGUACCUUCGCACUUUUACUAUCUUGUUGGUAAAAUGAAAGUAAAUUAUCCCAGUCCAGACGAUGUAUUGUUUUCGUUUUUAAAAUGAUGUUUACCUUAGAGUGGAUAUUAAUCAACAGAACAGGAUAACCCCGCCGGAUGUAUUGAUGUUAGGAAAUGUUUAUUUUUUUAACCGUAUACUUACACACCACUUACCUCCUACGGCCAGAUUGAUGGAGCUUAAAACAACCAAAUUAAAAUACAGUAAAAAUAGGCACCGUUUUUUCGAAAAAUUUAUGGCUGUUUUCUUUCAGUGUUCCAUCGGUGGCGAGAUCGUCACAUCAUCUGAUUGACCACUAAUGUAUUAGCUGUUUUAACUUAAUUCGUGGCCUUUUUGUGGAUGUUGUAAAUGGCUACAUUGUUUUAUAGCUUACCCUUUAUAAUUUGAGGCAUAAAUGCUGUUUGAUUGAACUGCAAAAGGAAAUGUAGAAGUGAGGAGUUUUUCUUACUUUGAUAGAACCUUCCCGGAUAAUUUUUACAGACAUCUACUCAUUGUUAAAUAGCCGCAAAACAAAAACGAUAACUUCGAUAGGCGCUAACAGAGAAGAAAUCUUUUUCCGCGAGGAACUCAUCAAUCCGAUAGGUGAAAACAAUAGAAUUCUGUUUUUCUCAAAAGAAACGAAAACGAGAAAACGAAAAUCACGAAUUAAGUUUAAGAUCUAAUAGUAAAACAACAAAUCAACUUAUACCCUUGUAUGUGUGUGUGUGUGCAACACCGUUGUUUUUUACACAGGAGAAAAACAAAGGAAAUAAAGAAAUUGAUCAAUUACAGCA